CGUUAACAUGAGCGUGCACGACCAGUGUAUGUUUAGAAGUCCCCACACAGCAGGUCAGCUCACAUCUUGCCAAACGUGAAUUCCUCAAGAGAAAUCCAUGGUUUAGAGAACGAUGAAUUAGCAGGAAGGAAUACCGUCGCUGCUUUAUUCAAGAGAGAGCUUUCAGAAGCUAUGGAUAGGAACGGUUUCCUUAGCAAGUUGCGAGGGAAAGAUAUUCAACCGGUCUGUUUACGUACGAGAAUGCAUCACCAAGCCUAUAAAGCGUGUUACUUCAGUCCUGCUUCUAGCGACAUCCCCGGACUCACGCUCAACUCCUUCCUGGUGGAACCCAAAGGCGAGUUCUCGUAUGUCGAUGAUACAGGAACAGGAGAGAACAGAGCGAUAUAUCUUCACGCUAGCCUCAUCUCCGCAGAUAUCGCUGAAACCACCAUGAUCAUGCUCUGGAGCGUCGUUAGAGAUACUUGUCAUUCGAAUUGCACGGAUGUCAACAUCUUCUUUGAUACGAAUUUACUUCAGUCAGACAACGAGGGCGGUAGCCCCGCCUCUAACAACCGACCCUCGAGUCCGACGUUCAUCUGGAACGCGACUGCGGACGCCCACGACCUCACCUAUGCCAAAGUGGCCAACUUUCGGACCGAUGUCAAUAUCUACCCCCCGUGGGAGUAUAUUUAUACUACUGUCACAGUGGAAGACGCCCAUGCAAGUCUUGUUUUCUAUCCUUUUGAUUCUUAUCUUGCCGAUAUAUUCGCCUUUGCCGAAGACGCAUCCAACAAUGACACUGUCUCCCUUAUCAUUGAUUCCACUUCCGGAUUAGCUGCAGACCUGGAAAUCACAGCUGAAUUCAAAAACAAAGAACCGUCUUUCCAAGAGAACAUUGAUGACCCACUGAUCUUUCUGCGAGUAACUCUGCAACGUAGCGAUGCCCUGAAAGCGUACUGCAUCAUCAUUACGAUCACAUUUUGGUUGAUCACUCUCAUGAUCUUUCUCAUUGUCAUUACGGCUAUUUGUGGAUUCCGACAACGACAUGAAAUCUUCGUAGUGCCCAUAGGGACUGUGUUUGCUUUCACUCAACUGCGACCUUCGAUGCCUGGUGCUCCCGAUGGUUUUGGUAUCAUCCUAGAUUUUUUCGGAAUAUUGCCUUGCCUUGUCUUGUUAUGCAUCGCUUCUACAAUGAUGGUCGGGUUGUACUUAUUCGCUGACCCCGACGACGCUUCUCGUGGAAAGCUCACCUGGGGCGACUUUAUGGAUGCACUGAAAGUCAAGCAUCGCGCACGGAAGUAUUGGGCAUUUGCCAAAAGUUUGGUUGGAUUGGCGCACACCCUGAAGACGUCAGACGACCGACCUAGACUGUCAAUACGCCGGGAUUUCAGAGGGAAGUGCGAGGUCGUCCGCACGGAUUACAGCAUGAUGUAA